GACAAUUCUUUUUUGUAGCUUUCAAUCUUUCUUGGAUUUGUCAGCCAUUAGCCUCCAUUUAUAUGUUCUUUUCAAGUUGUUUUUUUGAAUGCUACACUUUCUAGAAAGUCCUUAUCAAACAACGGACACAUUUUUGUGUGGUAACGGGUCACAGGUCAUCAUGUCUCCUGGCUACCCAAGCGGAUAUGGAAACAACAUGGACGUAAGGUGGUCGUUUAGUACACAUCCUGGAAGCUUGCUCUCUAUUAAAUUCUACGAUUUUAAUCUGGACAACGGUCAAGACUAUGUUUAUAUAAGCAGCGACGGACAACAAAUGGCUAAUUACACUGGUUCACAAUCGCCGGAAAUAACGGUGUCUACAAGUAACACAUUGACAGUUGUCUUUACAAGUGAUGGCAGUGUAACGUCCAGAGGAUUUAAAGCUGAAAUUGUUGUCUAUCCAGAACCGUCGGAAGGUUUUUGCUUUGACUUUGAUGAUGGAUGGUGUGGAUGGUCUCAUACUUAUAGUAAUAACCAAUGGAGGCGUUCUGUUCAAAGAAUUGAUGGCGCUGAUCGAGGGAAUCGUUACUCUUUGGGAUCAGACGAUCAUUAUAUUUUUGUGGAAACGUACCAUGGAAGUGUAUACGGAUACCUGGAGAGCCAAAUGAUACCAUCUACAUGGAGCGAUGUUUGUCUUCAAUUUUACUUGCAUAUGAGCGGAUCAGAUAAUGAACU